CCAGGACACUCCCCCAAACAAAAUUGCACGUGACAGCUAUUAAUGUUUUAUCAGAUCAAGGGUGAAAGAGAAAGCCAGAAGUUUAGAAUACAGCAACAGGCCUCAACAACUUGUCUCUUAUUUCCCUGUGUGUGUGAUCCAAGCUACCUUGAGGCAGUCAUCACGCACGCACACACACACGUACACGCGUACACCUGAUGGAUAUAUCUGUACCCAAUAACGUGGUCCCAGAUGCUAUCGUGGGCAUGAGCUCUGCAGUUGCUGAACCGGCCGGCAAGGAGGAGGAGGGCAAGAGUGGUGAUCGCCGAGUUAAGUGGAACCAAAAAGAGACACACGAGUUUGACGAUACUGACCUGUGGACACACGACCCUAAUGAGACGGCCACGGAGAUGAUCAGCUGUUACAGAAGAGAGUGUUCUAGCAACAAAGUGCGGCCAAUCACUAGGCUGCUCGAGCAACUUGAGCGAUUUGACGAUCUGAGCAUUCCAAUGGACACACUGGACCUAAAAGGAGUGAAACUGGACAGCACCAGCUGUGAAGUUCUGGAGGCAGUACUCAGUCGAAUACACAUGAACACUCUAGACCUGGAGAGAUGCAACUUGGAAGACGAGGGUGCCAUAGCACUGUGUGAGAUGAUAGAGUUCUAUGGAUGUGCCUCUCGUGUCAACCUGAGCAACAACGCUAAACUAAGACCGCGUGCUUGGCUCACUAUUGGGAGAAUGCUCAAGAAGAGUCCAUUUCUUUCUAUGAUCAACGUGAGCUGGUGUUCACUGGAGGAGCAAACACUCACUCUCCUGUUGAGGUCGGUCAGGGCCAACUGUUCCCUCAGCAUACUCAAGAUGGAGGGAAACAGUCUAUCCGGCAAAGGAACAUUCAUUUUGAUGGCAGCCAUGAAGUUCAAUGAAAACCUCCAGGAGAUCUGGCUUGGUAAUAACAGUCUAGUCACAGAAGAUGGCCAACACCUGGGCAAUAUUCUCCGCACUAACCACUGUCUUAAAGUGCUCGACCUUAAAGACAACAGCCUGGGCGAUGCUGGGGUCAAGUAUAUCUGUGCUGGGGUGUCUGAGCAAGCACAUGGACUACUCACUCUUAACCUCAAGUCUAAUAGCAUAGGACCCGAGGGAUUCCAUCACGUGGCUACUAUGCUGCCUGCUACCAAGACACUGAGGGAGCUAAACCUCUCCAAUAAUCGAUGUGGGGACAACGGCCUCUUCACUCUCAAACUAGGACUACUAGCCAAUCGGGCACUCGAAAAACUCAUCCUCUCAAACACAAGGAUGACCUGUGAAGGAGCUAUUGCCCUGGCUGAAGUCCUGGCUGAGAGCAAGCACUUGACUCAUGUUGACAUAAGAGAGAAUGAUAUUCGAGUCGCUGGACUGAUGGCUCUGCAGCUGGCUCAUCGUAUGAACUUCCAUCUUAUCAGUAUGCAGACUCCGAAAGCAUUCAAAGUAGAACAGCGUGAUAGACAAUUGAUUCGAGAUCUUCUGACAGAGAUAGAGAAGUAUUCAUCGCGCAAUCAACUCAAGAAAGAGGAGAAGGCUGAGGCCGAGAGGAGACGACUACAUGAGGAACAACACGCGGCUAUUCCAAAAGGCAACCCAGAGGAACAAGGCACUUUCACAGCUGGUGGCAACCAACGCACCGCCAUCCCGUCUCAAGCCUCCGUAGACGAGGAGGAAAAAGACAUUGACCCGUCAAUUGUUGGCUCGUUAGAUAAUGUCUAUAGUGACGAACCGGAUAUGACAAAUGAAGACGAUCCGUUCAAGAAAGUGCCUGUAAUGGACGAGCGCGAUAAACCAUCAACGCUGCAAGAAAUGGAGAAAUCUAUGGACGCAGUGGUCGAAUAUUCUGAGCAAGGUGUGGACACUUCAAUGGAGCGGUGUGGAUCCGAUGAUGAACUCUCUAGCCUAGACCAAGGUAGUCGAGGACUUCCCGAUAUUGUAAGUAGCCCACCCCCUGAUGUGACAAGCCAAGAGCCACGCACUGACGUAGCAGCCGUGGAUCUGUUAGAAGCUGGUGGGGAGCCCUCUACCCAACUAGUAGACCUUACAGACAGUCAGGGAUAAUCUUAGUUUAUUAGGCACUCUAUAUAGUGUGAGGUAUUUUCUCGUGUUGCAAUUUCUACGUGUGACUGUCGGUGUGUUUUUGUAUAGAAAUUAAUGUACUCACAAAAUGUAGAGUGUUUAGUGGUUGUUGUGUUUUGCAUAAAAUUAAUUAUUUCUGAAUUUGCA